AUGAAAUAUUUAACUUUAUUGACUGUUUUAUCCACUGCUUUGGCAGCUCCUUUGCAACAACAACACCAUCAACAUCAUCACCACGCUCGUGAUAACGUCAAGAGAGCUGUUGUCACCAAGGUUGUUUACGUUGAUUCCAACGGUAACGAAGUUCAAGGUACUGCCACUGCCACUGCCCAAGCUCAAACCACUUCUCAAACUAUUGCUGGUUCUUCUGCUCAAACCACUGGAGGUUCUUCUUCUUCCUCCUCCUCUUCUGAUUCCAGCGAUGUUGCCGACUCUGUCGCCUCUGCUGUUUCAGGUGCUGUUGGUGGUAUCUUGGGUGAUUUGCAAAGUUUUGUUGACCCAUCCAAGAAAUUCCAAGAUGGUGUCUACGAUUGUGAUUCCGUUCCAACUGGCCAAGGUGUCAUUGCCGUUGAUUGGAUCUCUGGUUUGAACGGUGGUUGGACCACUAUCAUGAAUGAAAACGGUGACACUUCUUCCAAUUGUAAAGAUGGUUACUACUGUUCUUAUGCUUGUCAAGCUGGUAUGUCCAAGACCCAAUGGCCAUCUGAACAACCAGACUCUGGUAUUUCUGUUGGUGGUUUGUACUGUAAAAAUGGUAAAUUGUACAGAAGCAACACUGACAACGACUACUUGUGUGAAUGGGGUGCUAACAAUGUCAACUUUGUUUCUGAAAUUUCUAAGGAUGUUGCCAUCUGUAGAACCGAUUACCCAGGUUCUGAAAACAUGAAUGUUCCAACCUUGUUAGAAGCUGGUAGUAACGCUCCAGUUUCUGUUGUUGACAGUGAUACUUACUUUACUUGGAAAGGUGGUAAGACUUCCACUCAAUACUACGUUAACAAUGCCGGUGUUUCUGUCGAAGAUGGUUGUAUCUGGGGUACUGAAGGUUCCGGUGUUGGUAACUGGGCUCCAGUCGUUUUGGGUGCUGGUACUACUGGUGGUAAAACUUACUUGUCUUUGAUUCCAAAUCCAAACAACAAAGAUCAACCAAACUAUAACAUCAAGAUUGUUGGUGAUGACGUUAACGGAAACUGUAAGUACGAAAACGGUCAAUACAAUGGUUCUGGUUCUGACGGUUGUACCGUUACCGUUAACUCAGGUGACGCUAAAUUCGUCUUCUACUAG